CAUGCGCACCAAUUGACAGUUCAUCCCACCCGACUCAGUCGAUAACCCAAUUAUUCAAAAAUUCAAACACCCAAAUCAAAAAACCAUCCAAAAUCGUCGAAAAUGGCAAACCCCAUCAGCGACGAAAUCCACACAAGCGUGAGAGACCUAAUCCACCACAUAACCACCUACGAGCCAGACACCGAGCGCUUCGCCACUCUCGAAAAAACUACUCUCUCGACUAUAAAAAAGUCCGACACGAUGUACUUUCUCAACACCAAAGAUAUCAAAAAGGCUGUGUGGAGCAUGGGUGAGAAAUUCAUGUUUCACGGGUUUUUCAAGCACGCCGAGUAUUUGAAGCAAACGCACGAUAAAUACAUCGAUAGGAACCUGUCGGAGUCGGACUUGACCCCCCGGUUGAACGUGGUUAAGUUUUUGUUGUGUUUGUCCACGAACCCGACGACGUGUUUUUGGAAGGACCCUGACAAGUUCGCGUUUAUUGAUGAGAGGGAGGAGCCCGAGGAGGUGGUGGACUGGGGGGCUUACUUGAGCGAGGGGAUCGGGCGCUGGUCGCCCGUGCGGGACGACAGCUUCCAGGAGCAGUCAGAGUCGGACGAGGAAAGUCAUUUUGGGAAGGUCAGCGUCGGUGAUAAGGGGGCUGCCGCAAGGCCGGUGAUCACGGAAGCGCGGGACGUGCAAGAGUACGAUUUUCGGGCCGCGCGGACUGAGCUAGUCGAGUCUGUGCAAAAUGGGUGGUAUAAUGGUGAGGUGAUUUGCAUGAAGCCCCCCAGUGACUGGUUUGACGCAAGCGUGGGGAUUUUAUGGGAGCAACACUUGCACAAACAAGUCAACAAUUUAAUAGAAAUCGAGCCCGUGACGGUGAUUUCUGAAUAUAAAGUGAUUCGGGAGGUGCUGUGGCAGAUGUGGGGGCCCCACAGCUCAACUGUCUUUGAAUUAUCCAAUAAGCUAGUACCAAGGGCGAACGUCACGAUUUCCAGCGUCUGUUCAAUGACCUUUGAAGGUUUCUUAAGGGUGUUCAUGCCCUACAUUGAAAUGUUGGACGAUUUCCGGCAGUUCAAUCAACAACUAAACGACAAAGUGUGUGAAACCUACAAAAGCUAUGGUCACUCAGUUCAAAAAAUUAUGUCUUCAGUGUUCAAGGGGUUGAUUGAGAUUGAAAAUGAAGUAAGGGAGCAAGAAAAUACCAUGACGCUGCUAAACUUGGCUGACAAGUUUGAAAAAAUAUUCCAACCGGUACUAGUUUUAAAAAAUAUCCACCAGGAGGUAGUUUUGGACGACUUUCAAGGUCGCUCGAGGUUGGAGUGUGCUUUAACUUUACUAACCCGUCUCAGGACAAGUUUGCAGUUCUCUGUAAAAAAACUGGAGCAGGAUAUUAAAUUGACCUUGUAUUUGGAGUCACUUUUUUACUAUUUUACAAUGAUCAACGCGUGGCUUGUCAAAAACGACUUAUUUGACCACACUGAGGAAUUUAUUAUACUUAAUAACAAUGCUAAAAUUUCGGCAAUUUGUGACGACUGUCGGAUGAAUUUCGCCCUCCAGGACCGCGUUUCGGAUUUUUCGAAAGACGGCAUAGUCGGAAUAAUUUCGGACCAAGUGCUCCAAAUCGGUCGCAAUAUCCACCUGCUGCGCCUCCUGGGGAAGUUCGACGUCUUCUCCAAGGGCGAGGAGACCAUCCACCAGGAGUUCGUGCGGCGCGUGCUCCAGGAACUCUCCGCCUACUACGGUUACGCGACUUCCGAGACCGAAAAUCCGACGGUUGGAAAAAUUUCGUCCACUUUUGAUUUAAACGAAAUGGGGGAUUGGACGAACUUCGUCGAUUUGUCGGACGGUUUUUUGGCCAUCGCGUUCGACGGAUUUUACUCAAUUGAAGAAAAAAAAGUCGAGGCGACUUUGUUCGAAAAGAUUCGCGACGUUACCACGAACUUGUUCCCGCUGCAGAACCUCCCGGAGAGGAUUUUGUCCCAGAUCCUGAAGGAACGCUUCACGAUUUCGGGCCUCAUGGUCAAGACGCUCCUCAUCGAAAAUUACAGCCUGGACAAACAGUUUGAUUUUUUGAACCACAUUUUCUUGUUUUCGGACGACUUGAUUUUUCCGUUUUACCGGCGUCUGUUUGAAAAGAUGAACACCACGAAUGCCAACUGGGGUAACAGCGUCUGGCUCACGUCGCACCUGCAGGACGUCAUCAUGGACUUGUACCCGACUUUUUCCGACGACUGUAGCGUCCAGGUUAAGGACUUCUGGAAGCAGUGUCGCGACUCGCUGGAGGCCUGCACGCUGUUGAACGUCCAGUACGACAUCAAGUGGCCUCUGAGUAUUAUUAUUACGACGGAGCACAUCGCCAUGUACAAGGAGGUUUUUCAUUUUUUGUUGAAGCUCAAGUGGGCGCUGUACACCGUAAAUCACUUAUUUUUUACCGACCUCGAGCCGAAGAAAAAGAGCGCCAAGCCCCGGGCCCCGAAACCGACAACAACAAAAAGACUGAAAUACCUCCGCUUCAACCUGAUCAAUAUCCUAAACACCGUCCAGCACUACUUCUUCGGCUUCGUUUUCGCGAAAUACCGGAUCCAGUUCGAGCUCGAUUUCGAGAAGUCCAACGAUUUGAAAUCCUUGAUAGCGUCCCACGAGGACUUCAUCAAGUCCAUCCAUGGGUCGAUGGUGGAAAUCCGGGAUAAAAAGCGCAACCAGCACGGGUUUAACACGCUGAUGAAGUGCGUGAAGAUUUUGAAGGUUAUGUGGAACGAGCUGGAGUACGCCACGGGCGAAAAUCUGGAUAAUUGUCAUAAGGUGUACAAGGAGAGCUUCGAGGUUGUUAACGCUGUUGUCAAUCCGGUGUUUGUUUUCGAUUAUUAAAGUUUAUUUACGGAA